GACCCAAACGCCAAAAAUCGCCAAAAUGAAGGUCUUUAUCGUCUUUGCUCAUCCUGAGCCGCAGUCCCUCACCGGCUCCCUGCUCAAAGUCGCAGUCGAAGAACUAGAGGCCCAAGGCCACGAAGUCAAGGUCUCCGACCUAUAUGCCAUGAAAUGGAAGGCCCAAGUUGACCGCGAGGACUUUCCCCAACAACCUGCCGAUGAACGUCUCAGGGUGACAAAGGCAUCAGCCGUUGCAACCUAUGGAGGCACACUCACCGACGACGUGAAGCAAGAACAAGAAAAGUUGAAGUGGGCCGACUUUAUCAUCUUUCAAUAUCCUUUGUGGUGGUACAGCAUGCCUGCCAUUCUGAAAGGUUGGGUUGAGAGGGUCCUUUCCCUUGGAUUCGGAUAUGGUGUUGGGGAGCACAGCGACAAGCACUGGGGCGAUCGAUACGGAGAAGGCGUCCUACUUGGGAAGCGCGGCAUGGUAGUCCUAACAGUCGGAGGCAUGAAAGAACACUACUCUGCCCGAGGAAUCGGUGGACCGCUCGAGGAUCUUCUAUACCCUGUAACCCAUGGAACCCUCUACUACACCGGCGUCGAGGUUCUGCCGUCGUUUGCCAUGUAUAAAACGGAUCGAGCAAGCGAUGAACAGUUCCAAGAGGCAGCUGAGGAGCUCCGGCAGAGGAUGCGAACCUUGUCCACCGCAAAGCCUAUUGCCUAUCGGCGACAGAAUGGCGGAGACUACGAAAUACCGGCUUUGACUCUGAAGCCUGGGCUUGAGGAUCCCGGUACUUCAGGUUUCUCGUUGCAUAGUCGCAACGUCUAGGACGUAACGGGACCUUGAAAUUUCUCAGGAACUAGGUUUGGGUUGAAUCACGUUCAUGCUAGGCCACAUGAAUUGAGGGUUAACAAUCGCAACUUAGAUAUAUAUAGAACUUUACUAUAAUACUAUUGAGUAAGUCAUCAAUGCAUAGUGAGGUACCAAGAGAACAGUUACUGCACAUUGGCACGAUAUACAUAGAAGUUUUCAAA